CUCUACCGUCCGAUAUCUUUCUCUCUCCUCUUUUCAUUUUACUGAAGUGAAAGAACAGAAGAAAAACCCCACAGUAAAUAUUCAUUUAAAAAAACAAAAAAAAAUAAUACCAAAAACCGAUUUUCUCAACUUCCUCAGAUUCUUUCUCUUCUUCUCACUCUCUUCUCACAUCUCACUUACCUCUUCUCUGCAUUUUCUCUCUCCUCCAUUGUCAGUACCACAAAGGUGUAUUUUAGAUCACAGAAAUCCAAGCUUUUUCCGCCAUUUUUCUCUCUCCUCUCUUCUUUCAUUUGCUUCUUUUUUUAACACUUCGCCGACAUCUUUAUCUUUUGAUUUUGCCAGCAUUUCGAUUACUUCACUCAGGGCAGUUGGAAGCUGAGACUUGAGCUUCUUACAGAUUUGAAAGCCUGUAGAAAUGGGGACUGGUUAUCUACUGAACAUAGCUGAUUGAUACUUUUACAUGUUAGAUGCAUUCUGACUCGUGCAGACAUUUAUGAUCUAUGGAAGCAUUCAGUAACACUAGUCGUACUUCUAGGGAUCAGAAAUGCAAGAUUUCUCCAGAGACCACCUUUGCUCCUCGUACUCGUCAAGGUACGAAGUUGCGAGAUAUCUUGAUGUCUGAUAAAUCCAACUUGUCAUAUGCUGAUUUCCAUCAUGAGAUCACUAGAAAUCCCGAUGAUGCCUUGCCUAAAUAUGUAGGUGUAGGUUGCCAACAAAGGCGGGUGUCAGAUAGAAGGAUCUGUAAAGAGGAUGAGCUAGUCAGGUACAUGUCACACUUACCAAGUUAUUUAGAGAAAGGAAAGAAUUUUCAGGAGAAAGGACUGAAUGUUGGUGUUCUUGACUGGAGGCGUCUUGAGAACUGGCGGUAUAGUCAAAAACAGAUGCCUGUGAAGCAAAAUGGGUGUUCUCCAUCUAGUAGCACCACUUCUCUUUUUUCAACAGAUGGCUCGUCAACCUAUUCUAGCAAAGGCCAGAGCUGCUCCCCUGCUCAUCAAAGACUGCAUCGUUUCUCACUGCAAUCUCCACCGGAAGCUUCCCCGAAGGAAGGUGAUUUUCGAGAUACUAAAUCUAAUUCUGGAAGACGUCACAGCUGCUCUCCAGCUCGUCAAGGAAUGCACCCGCCAGUGCUUCAAUCUCCUCCCCAGAAGUUGUCUGUAGGAAGAACUUCUCCAGAUAUUGAGGUUUUUGGUGGAAAUUCCCACAAAUUCCAAGAUUCGCCUAUUAGAAUUAGCAACAAUAUGAGCAGGCAACAAAGAGUUUCUGGAGCAGUACAACCUUUUGAAAGGCAAGAGCCUGACUUGAAAACUGUCACUGAAAUGGGAAUACGACAAACCUUUGAUAAGUAUGAGGUGGGGGCACCCUGGAAAGGAAAAUCCAAAAUUCAAAAUAUGGAAUCUGCCAAAGAAGCCAUAAGAUCACGAGAAACAAUGUCCAAUGCUACUAAUCAAAAUACUUCUGGAAGAGAAAAUUCUGGGGUGGUUAUGCCUAGAGACCUAUCGGACAAACGAUGCUCUAGUUUGACUGCCAUGCCGAGUUUUAUUGUGGAUGGUCGAUUGUCAGUAGAGCCAUGUCAGAAAAGCAUUUUAGGGAAAAACAAUCGUGAGACUCGACUUCCUCCUAGAGAUGAUCACAGAAAGCACUUGGAACCAUCUGAAUCUUGUUCCCAGCAUCCAGAAGGUGUCAAACGUUCAUCCCAACAGUCAAAUAUAUCACUUCAUUCUACGAAGACAGCUCACAGUUCAUCCAAGAACAGUGCACAGUGUGUGAAAAGCACCCCUCAAGCACCACAUGUUCUAUCAUUUCCUGCUAGGAUACUUAGCAGCCCAUCCAGGACCAGGAGUGCUGAGGAGAGGAAGCCAUCUGCUGGGUCUAGGAUUGCAACUGUAGUCAAGCCUUUUGAGGAACUGGAUGCGAGAAAAGGCUCAGAGUCUGUUCCAAAAGCAAGAAACCCAUCGCCAAUCCGCCGAUUAAGUUCUGCAAUGGGGAAGAUGAUAAAAAAUGCCGGAUCCCGAGAUAAUUCACCUGUUCGUAGGUCAAGUUCAAAAGAAUAUGGUGCCAAAUCUGGGUCAGAGGGAGCUAUAGCUUCUGUAUUGAUUGAUAAUUCUUGCAGUGAUAAGGUGUCUACUAAUAAUACUAGAGGUAGGUCCAGCCCUUUAAGAAGGUUGCUUGAUCCCCUUCUUAAGCCCAGAGCAUCUAACAGCUCUGAGCCAUCGAAGAAGAAUUCAUCUUCAACAGCUCAUACGUUCCAUUCGUGUAACGAGCCGUUAGAUUUUUGUUUUGAAAAUUCUGUGAAAAUAAAUUCAAGAGAUGCCAGUGUUACAACAGGUACUAGUGAUAGCAAUCACCAUUCAAAGAAUGGCUUGUCAUCACUUCAAGCGCUUCUGCAGGUAUCUUUUAAGAAUGGUCUACCUCUGUUUACUUUUGCCAUUGACAAUGAAAGCAACAUUUUAGCUGCUACAGUGAGGAAGUCUAGUGUCACAGGAAAAGGUCAUCAUAGCUGGACUUACACAUUUUUCACCAUCCGUGAAGUUAAAAGGAGGAGUGGAAUUUGGCUGAAUCAAGGAGGGAAAGGUGAUGGUCCUGGCUAUGUUCCAAAUGUUGUGGCACAAAUGAAAGUCUCAGAUUCCAAGCAUGACAAUGAUGGUCAUCAUAUCACCAGAGAAUUUGAUCUGUUUGCUGUGGAUGUUGGUCAUGGAGAUCAUUAUGCCACUGACUUCCAUCCAACUAAUGAAUUGGCAGCCAUUAUUGUCAAGCUUCCUGCUGGAAAUGAUAGUAAAGAUGGCCAUUCUAACUUUAACUGGUUGGAUUUGUUACAAGAUUCCAGGGAGAAUUUGCAAGACAUUAGAUCUGCUGAUUCUGGUGCUAAUAUACAGUAUCAGCAUUCACUCGUCAGUUUGAAGUUGAGCACAACAGUUAUACUCCCAGGUGGCGUUCAUACAGUACCUAGUAAAGGAGAAAUAUCAACGCUUGCUGAACGAUGGAAAUCUGGUGGAUCAUGUGAUUGUGGUGGAUGGGAUUUGGGUUGUCAACUGAGAGUUCAUACAAAUAAAAAAGAACAUGAAAGGAAAACGGGUUCUUCUGAAAUGUUCCUGAACAAGAACAAGUUUCAAAUUUUUUCUCAGGGUAAUCAGGAUAACCACCCUGUACUGAGCUUGGCGCCAUUCAAGGAAAGAAUAUACUCGGUGGAAUUCAGUUCAUCGCUUUCACUUCUACAAGCAUUUGCUAUUAGUAUAUCAUCUAUAGACUGCAGAAGACCACCAGAGCUCUCAGAACCCAGCAGUCUCUAUGAGAAGAUCACUAAUGAAGCAGGCAUUUUUGAGGUCCCUGUGCAAACAAAACCAUCGAAUCAAGGUGAAGCGCCUGCAAGAUAUGUCGCGUAUCCACCUCAUUCCCCUGUGGGAAGAGUCUAGGAUUUCUUCUGUGGAUCAAGCAUGGGUAAAUGCUCUUUUGCCACUCUUUCCCGUCCUUGGCAAUUCUCAGCCCCUUCGAACUUCCUACAUUAAUCGGAUCUUAAUUUUUUCCUCCCUUUUUUACCCUUUAUGGAGGUUCAUAGGGCAGAAAAUGGAGGGAUCCCUUAAGAUAGAGGGGGGGAUCAAUUCCUCUAAUGGAUAAAGGUAGCUAACUAUUUUGUAAUUAGUAAUCCUUUUCAUAAAUAAAAUUCUGUAAAAUAGUAGUGUUGCUAUAUCUUCUUGUAAGUUGUAAGUGUGCAUUUUAGGGUGGAUAGUACUAAUAGUAGUAUUUACUGGAAUCAAAUAAUGUAGUUGCUUUAUUAAA